AGUGACAUCAAAAAGAGACGAAGCUUCCGCUGAACUGCGGACGGUGUGACGGGGGCGCAAGCGCUUAUAUAAGGCAAACUUUAAAGAUGCACACCAAUAAUCCCAGCCGUGCAGGUCACAAGUGGAGCAGAAGAGAAGAUUAAAGCAAACUUUUGCACACGGUCGCUAGUGAUAAAGAGGUUUUACGCAUAAGGCAGCAGCGUCGUGCAGAACAGGAAAUCAGGAGUUGCAAUGAGGGCAGUGUGUUUCCUCAUCCUCAUCUCACUCGCGGUCCUCAGCAGCAUUCAGGGCCAAAAUGUCCUGAGUGACUCUGGUGGAGAAAAUCUGACUCUGGAUGAGGUGUUAGAGCGCGUCGAGGGCCAACUCCUCCGCUCCUUCCUCCAAAAACAGGAGGGCGACGAGAGCGCAAACGAUAUGUUUCCAGUGCAGCCAGACUGGUUGGUAAAAAGGCAACACCCUGGCAAGCGACAGCAUCCUGGCAAGCGCAGUGAGGCCGACGAUGAAGAGGAAUACGCAGAGCUUCAAAAGCGGCAGCAUCCUGGAAAGCGCGACGAUGCAUCGGCGGAUUCAUUCAUCGAGCUCCAACGACGGCAACAUCCGGGCAGACGCUCGGACCUGGACGAUCAGACAUCGGUACAAAGUGACCUGCUGGGCGAGUUUUCCAAGAGGCAGCAUCCAGGGAAGCGUCAGCAUCCUGGCAGGCGCGAGGCUGAGGAGGGCGAAGAGAGCGCACUGGACUUGUGGGAGCUGGACAAACGGCAGCAUCCUGGGAAAAGAUUCUUGGACCCUUUGGAUGUGUCCACCAGAAGCCCAUGCGAUGUCCCGGGCUGCAGUAAAGCCAGUCUGCUGCUCCAGUGGCUCAGUGGAGUGAAGCAAAGCACCGAAAAACGUCAGCACCCCGGCAAGCGGCUGAGUAAUGCGCACGAAGAGCUGGAGGAGAUGCAAUAGGCAUCCUAUUGUACGUGCACUGUGACGAGAGAUUAAAGAGUUACAAGAAAGAAUCAUUCAUUCACAUCGACACAUGGGUACAUUUUUCUUCCACCUUUGAGAUCUAUGCCAAAUGCUUGGCAUAUAAUACAUAGGCUAUAUGUAUCACAUUGUCAUUUUCUUUCAAUCGAAAAUGGUGCUUUGAAUUAGUUGGGAGCCCUAAAGUCAGAAAGGUGAUCGCUAUUAUUAUAUUAUAUUAUAUUAUAUUAUAUUAUAUUAUAUUAUAUUAUAUUAUAUUAUAUUAUAUUAUAUUAUAUUAUAUUAUAUUAUGUGCACAAGAUGAAAAAAAUCAGCUUUUGGAUCUUUAAGGGCUCCGUAAGAUAUUUCAAGGUCAUUAAACAAGUUAAUGAAACAGUAAAAAUAGUUUUGCGUGAACGUGCCAAAUUACGCACAACCCAACUGCAGCUCCUUCUUCUGCUAGAACUCGUUUAUGGCGAAUCUGAGACUUCUAUCUCACUUUGCUUCACUAGUUUAGCCAAAGAGCUGACUGACUUUACAUCCUCUUUCGAGUAGAAUUGACCACACUGAGUGUUUAGGCUAGUACAACAUGCAUAACUCGCAAUGCUCAAAACUGCACCACUUCUCCUGCGCCACUUCUCCCAGUCCUUGUGUUAGUAAUGUAGACCUUCUGUACAAUUCUAGUGAACAUUCCCUUUCAAUACAGGGUGGUGGAAUUAUUUUUCUAUACUAUACGCCUGCAUGAGUUUGGAGAGCUUAUUAAGCUGUAAAUUAUUUGAUUUUUUUUUGUUUGUUUGUUUCAUGGAUAUACAGCACAUGUAAAUUGCAGUAAUUGCUGUACAAUAAAAUACUGGAAACGCCUGGAAGCGCGCUGACGAUCAAAAA